AUGUCCUUUCGAUGUUUAGUGCAUUACUACGAAUUCAGUUCACCGCAAAACACAGCAAAUUACCAAAAUACCACACAGCCUUUCCUCAGAAUUGAUGGUCUGCAGGAGCGAACAGUGUAUACUUUUCGCGUGAGGGCCUUUACCAGUUCGGGUCCGGGGCCCUGGUCAGCCUCAAGCACUAUCCGAACUACAGCUGAUGUCCCAGAUCCUCCAUCACAUAUUAAGGCUGAGAGGAUCAAUCACCGACAGAUCAAGGUAACCUGGAGUCUUCCACGUCGUUCGACAUACCGAAUAAAUAACAACUUUCAGCAGCGGCCCAUGCCGGUGACGGGUUUUCGAAUUUACUAUGCAGCAAAUGAUAAUGUUAUGGAAUCUUCCAGCAAGCGCAUCCUUGAAGUGGGUGCGGUGACGAUGGCUACUUUGGAUGACGUGUCGCCUGCAGAGAGUUACAGCAUCAAAAUUCAAUCGCGCGGGACAGAUAAACGAUUUGGCAACUGGAGUGACCCAGUAAUAGUGAGCGCAAGUCGGGAUAGUGUAUAUCAUCCUCGUCGCGUAACUGACUUGCGAUGUUUUGGGAUUAAGUCGCUGGAGGUUACCAAUCCCACCGAGGCCAGUGUGAAGGUCACCUGGUUACCGCCUCCCGAUCGACGCGUGUUGAAGGAGUAUGAGAUUCAAAUCAGUGGUAUCAAAUCGUUCAUUAAUGAACUAAACGAUCCUGUAAGACUAACCUUAGGCCCGAGAAAACUCAUUGUCAGCUCAAAUCAACAGUCUACUUUUGGUGGUCGCAUGCCAAAUGACUUUCUGCCCAGAGAUCAGGAUUCAUUGCUGGUGCAUACUAUCGACAAACUUGAACCAAAUGCCAUCUUCGACAUUGAGGUACGGCCCAUCUACGAGACCUCCCUUGAUCGGCAAAGAGGUGAAGCAGAAGCCUUGUGGGAACAGACAAGCUGUCGAACUCGAAUGCAUCGUAAGUGCAGAUACUUACCUUUGUGGGCAUUUUUAGGAUCUGAUUGCACCAUGCCAAUCCUUGUUACACCUUUUACUGAUGUGAAUAUUUCCAAAUUUUGGCUUUUUCUUUUACUUGCCUAUUAA